AUGGCUUCACUCCCUACUGGAAUCCGGCUUAUCACUUCAUUCACAAGAGAUCAGUGGUACAGGGCCUUCAUUUUUAUCUUGACUUUUUUGCUGUAUGCAAGUUUUCACUUAUCUAGGAAACCUAUCAGCAUAGUUAAGGGUGAACUACAUAAGCACUGUGCUUCUCAUGGAAAGGUUAAACUCCACAUUGUAAAUGAAAAUGCCUUCCGUGCUCCUGCUGGGAAAAUAUCAGAUAAUGAAACUCACUGCGGUUGGGCACCAUUUGAUAAGAAGAACUAUCAACAAUUACUGGGAGCAUUGGAUUAUUCAUUCCUUUGUGCGUAUGCAAUUGGAAUGUAUCUAAGUGGCAUAAUAGGGGAACGUCUGCCAACUAGAUAUUACCUAACAUUUGGAAUGUUUGCCAGUGGAGCCUUUACAACUCUUUUUGGCUUGGGCUAUUUCUACAAUAUUCACAAUUUUGGUUUCUAUGUCAUAACUCAGGUAACUAAUGGCUUGGUGCAGACCACAGGCUGGCCUAGUGUGGUGACAUGCAUUGGCAACUGGUUUGGAAAAGGAAGGAGAGGCUUAAUUAUGGGAAUUUGGAAUUCUCACACCUCUGUGGGGAAUAUCUUAGGAUCUUUGAUUGCUGGCUACUGGGUGUCUACCUGUUGGGGACUAUCUUUUGUAGUACCUGGUAUCAUCAUUGCUUCAAUGGGUAUAGUGUGUUUUCUCUUUCUCAUUGAACAUCCAAGAGACAUAAAAUGUUCUUCCACACCAUUAAUUAGCUCAAAAAGCUAUGAGAAUGGAACUAACAGAUUCAGAGUGCAAAAACAAAUUCUGUAUACCAAGGAUAAUAGCAAAAAUCUGGAUCCAGAGAUUCAGAGUUUGUUAUCAGAUGGUGAAAAUGGUACAAUUCAGCCAAAGUUCGUCACAGUACUGCAUGGUGAUGGAGGAAAUGGAAUGGCAGCAAUCAGUUUCCUAGGUGCCUUGAGAAUACCUGGAGUCAUAGAAUUUUCUCUUUGUUUGUUAUUUGCCAAGCUGGUCAGCUAUACAUUUCUUUUCUGGCUGCCACUCUAUAUCACAAAUGUAGACCAUUUUGAUGCCAAAAAAGCUGGGGAUCUCUCCACUUUGUUUGAUGUUGGAGGAAUCAUUGGUGGAAUCUUGGCAGGGGUGAUCUCAGAUAGAUUGGGAAAGCGGGCUUCUACCUGUGGAUUAAUGCUGCUGCUAGCAGCUCCAACGCUCUAUAUGUUCUCUAUGGUCAGUAAAAUGGGCCUAGAAGCUACAAUAGUUAUGCUUCUUAUCAGUGGAGCUCUUGUCAAUGGUCCUUAUGCAUUAAUUACAACUGCAGUCUCUGCCGACUUGGGUACCCAUAAAAGUUUGAAGGGGAAUUCCAAAGCUCUCUCCACUGUGACAGCUAUCAUUGAUGGGACUGGUUCUGUAGGUGCUGCCUUGGGUCCUCUCUUAGCUGGGCUUAUCUCCCCCUCUGGCUGGAACAAUGUGUUUUACAUGUUGAUGGUAGCAGAUGCCACUGCCUUAUUGUUCUUACUGCGCCUCAUACAGAAGGAACUGUGCUGCACAGGAUCCAUGCCUGGAGAACAGCGUCAAUUUAAAGAACAUUAGCCAUAUCAGACACAAUUGGGAAAGAAUCUGUACUCAUCUCCAAAAAUAAUUGUUCAAAACACAGUACAAAGCAAACAAUUCCAUGUUGAAAAUCUUGCUUUCCUCAUGCAUUUUGCACAGAUACCUGGAAGAGAUACAAAAGCAAAUGUGAUAUCUGUUUUCUUUAAGCACAUACAGAACCUCAAGAUUGUAGUUCUUGGAGAAGUAAAAGCUGCUGAAAACUUUGGAUUGACUACUUUAGCUAAGGGCACAAGGAAAGGAUACCAAGUGCCUGGCAGAUUCAUUUUCAUCAAAUUAUUUGAACAAACUUGAGAAAAGAAUAUAGAACUGAUAUGGAACUGAAAUGAAGAGCGAGCCAUUCUCAGGUUUCUAAGUGAUGGAAUAUGGCAGUAAUUUGAAUAUGCUGAAAAGAAUGUCAAUAAUAAGCAUCUAUUUAUUCUUUAAUAAGAAAUGAUGUUUUUCAGAAAUAUAUCCACAAACUAGCAAAGAAGCCAUUGAUAUAAAAUAAUUUAACUCAAGUUUGAAACAAGCAUUUGAUUCACUCAAGCUUCAAUCAAAAAUAGGUCAUGCCAAUCCCAAUAAAGGAAUUCCCCAACUUUUCUAUAUAUGCUGUCCUAUAUCAAAUGGAUAUGACAGAUUAGUAUAGAACAAUGAAAUAGCCUGAACCAGUUAGCUGGGAUGAAAUGAAAAUGGUUAGUUGAGUCAUAUCAGAGAGUACCAGUCAAGCAACAGAGAUGUUUCUGAAAGGUUUAUAUUUAUUAGAAGCACUCCAGAAUGUGGUUGAGGAAGACAUCUUGUAAAAUGUCUACACUUCAGUUAAAAUUGCACCUGGGUCAUAGUACUUAGAGCCAAAUUCUACACAAGGAUGAGCAAAAUGGAAAAAGAAAAUUCAUAGAUUUGAUAUUUAGGAAGGGCAGUUUAUUCACAUGCCAUAGUAUGGAUAAGGUCUCUUUAUAAUUGCAUUGACCAUUUUUCCUCUUCAUUCUAAUAAAAUGAUAGAGAUUGUUUUUAGAUGUACAGUAACACAAUAGAUUUUUAAAAUGUGUAUUGAGUUAAGUUCAGGUUAAAUAAAAUUAAAUGACAUUUUGUUAUUUAUUAAAACAAACAAAUUUGUUUCUGAGUUUUAAUGCUUGGUUGGUUUGGCAAAAUACUCAUUUAACCCCCU